AUGGUUGAGGGUGAAUCAAGCAAUGCAAGGGAGAGAAGGCUAAAAAUGCAAGCCAAGUUGGAAGCAAUGACUCAAAGGAUGGAAGAGUCUGAUGCAGAGGAGUAUGUCUACUCUGAGGAGGAGUCUGAGAGCGAGAGAUUGAGGGAGGAAAGGAGAACCAAGAAGAGGAAUGACCCCAUUAGUAGUGAGAGUGAGCAAGGAGAGUUUGAGAUUGGGGUGAACCUUGUUCAAGAGGAGGGUGAUGGCUCUCCAAGUGAAGAAGGAAGUGAUGAGUCUGAGAGUGAAGAAGAAGGAGAGGAGGUGAAUCAAUUGGUUGAUGAGAGUGAGCAAGAGAGUAACCAAGAUGAGCCCAUGGAGGAGACUGAGCCACAAGAGGAGGAGGAAGAACUCCCUAUACGGCUUAUCGAGAAUCAGCGCCCAACCGCGCAGACCGGCUGGCCGAGAAACUAUUGUUUCACGCUCGGCCAGAAUCUGUCCGUCCGUCUGAAGUCUCGGCCAAAGUCCAAAACAGUUCGGCCGCGCAAAUCACGACCCGGGAAACAUAAGCCCGCGGUCGGCCACGCCACAACUCACGCCACAGCCGCGCAUGAUCGACGCGCGCGAGCCGGGAAGCAACGCCUCGCGGCCGCGCAACUUGUCUCACGUACCACGUACGAACGCUCCGUCCGAGCCGGGGAACUACGCCUCCGUCCGGCCGAGAGAUUCCAUCGGCCAAGUCUUCAUCCGUCCGACCACAGCGGCCGACCACGCAUCCGUCCGGCCACGACGACCGAUCGAUCCGACCGGCCACGACCCGAUUCCGGCCGACCGUCCCAACGCCGCGGUCGACCCGAAGCCCGUUUUGAAGCCCGAUUUCAUAUUUUCAAGGCCCGGCUUAACCCUAAGCCGCCUCAAAAGACCUAG